UGAGAGAAGUCUGGGAGGGGCAGAGAGUGGGGAAGGCCCCUCCUGUCCCAUUCAUAACACGUUCAUUCACUGGGAGCCAGCGAAAACGGACUAAUCUCUCAUGCAGUCAUUCCUUCUACCCCAAUAAGACUCCACCACCUCUCCUAGAACUCGGUCCGAGGGAUGCCGCUCUCCUGGCCCAGCCGCCACUGAAGCGCCCAGGCGUCCGGAAGACCCGAUCUGAGCACAGACCCGCGGACCAUGAGUCCUCUGAGGCUGCAAGCGUCGCUCUCGCUGCUGCUCCUGCUGCUGCUGGGGGGCUGUCUCCUCGUGGCCGCCCGGAGAGACAAGGGCGCGGCAGGCAGCGCGGCAGAGCCGGCCUCGGGUCCCGCGGGCGGCUCGUCCGGGCGCUUCGUCAGCCCCGAACGGCACGCGUGUAGCUGGCAGCUCGUGCUGCGCGCCCCAGGGCCCGCAGCGGGGAGCGAGCUGGCGCUGAGCUGCCAGGACCCGGCCGGGGCGCUCCAGCGGUGCGCCUACCGCGGGGAGCCGGAGCGCUGCGCCGCCUACGCCGUCCGCAGCGCGCACUACUGGAAGCAGGUGCUGGGCGGGCUGCGCAAGAAGCGGCGGCCGUGCCAGGACCCCGCUCCGCUCAAGGCUCGUCUGUGCGCAGGCAAGAAGGGCCACGGUGCCGAGCUGCGCCUGGUGCCCCAGGGGUCCUCACCCGUGCGCCCCACUGCGGCCGGCUUCCCCCGGGAUCCCGAGCCCCAGGCCAGGAGCCGGGAGAGGCUCCGGGAGCCUGCUCCCGCCCCCGCCGGAGGGGCCCGACUUCCCGCGAGCAAGUCUCCCAGAGGGAAGCCCUCUGAGAAGACCAAAGCGGGCAAGAGGAAGGUGGCCUCGGACCCAGAAGAGGAGCGACCCCUGGGGACAGGGCCGGAUCCCGACGGGUUGGACGAGAACGCGAAGCUCACGGAGACCUACUGUGCUGAGAAGUGGCACUCUCUUUGCAACUUCUUCGUCAAUUUCUGGAACGGCUGAGGCUGCCCGCCAGGGAAAGAACGUGGGUGGGGGGAGGUACGCAGACGGCGAGGAGACUUUAAGGGCAUUUUAGGCCAAGAGAUAAGGGUUGGAGCGUGAGAGAGGAGUCCAGGUUCUAGAACGGGGCUGGGGGGUGGGAGGGCGUGGGCCUUGGGAUGGGAGUGUAAGGGGUCUGGAGAAUCUCUGAGACAGCAGAGAAGUUUUAAUUUUUGAAAAGUCCGACCCUGAUGAAGAGCAGAAGAAAUAGUGGAAACAGAAGUAGGCAUACCUUAAAUGUACAAAAACUGUAGACUGGGAGAGAGGCGAGUACAGAGGAAGGCUGGGAAAAAAAAUAAGGGGGGAAAAGUGACAAAAGCGAUGUAAAUCUCCUGUGGGAAACAGGAUACAAUGUAUAUUGUUUAACACUUUUAUAUUAAAAUGUAGUCACGAGCAAUU